GUGACGUGUACAGAGCUACGAUGGGGUGAAAGCAUGACAUAGAAUGCAGAAGUGGAAUCAGCUGACGUGUCGUGCUGACGUGUCUUGUUGACAGCGCCGCCUUAACGGAAGAGAGGGAGGGAGGAGAGAGAGAGAGAGAGAGAGAGAGAGAGAGAGAGGGGCUAUGAAGAUGGCAUUCAUGACAACCUCCGGGUUUGAUGGUGAGUGUAAUCACCCAAUCGAGAUGGAGAUGGGGGAUGCUCAAAGGAACGUGCCAGCUGAGCCGAGAAAAAUAAUAAUAAGAAGAAGAAGAGGAAGAGGAAGAGGAAGAGCAGGAAGAGUAGGCAGAGUUGUUGACGUCAUCUCGACGUCAGAGUCAUCGUCCGAUCUCGAUCCUAAGGUGCACGGUUCGAAUCCGACGAAUCUAGUUUGGGAGAAAGAGGAGGAACAGGAAGACGAAGAUGAGACUGGGGGUAAACUCUGGCGGCAAAGCCAAAGGAAGGAGAGGAGGAGUAAUCGUAGUUCUCUGAAGAAGGAGGUAAUUGACGACAUGAGCAUGCAUGGCAAUGGCAAUGGCAAUGGCUAUGGCUGUGGCGAUGGCGAUGGUGAUGAGGAAGAGGAAGAGGAAGAGGAGGACGACGACGAGGACGAAGAAGAGGAGCAGGUUAGACUGGUGAAGGUGGCUCGAGAUCGAUUGUAUGGUGGUGGGCAUGAGGAGGAAGAGGAGGAGGAGGAGGAGGGAACAGAGAGAGAGCGAAGAAGGAAGGGGAACAGCAACAGCAGCAGCUACUACAGGAGGAGCAGGAAAUGCGGGACCAGGAGAAGGAGGAAGAGGAGGAGAGAUGGGGAGAAUCAACGGCUUGAAGAGAUGAAGGUGGUACAUCAACGAUUGCUGGCGAUGGAUAUCAGAAACCGAGCUAGGAUGUACGAGAUCUUCGUUCUUGGGGGAAGGGAGGCGGUUCUCCUAUCUCUCGAGCUCGUUCAUCGGUCGGCUAUGGCCGCGCAGACGAGAGGAGAAGUGCCUGGGUGGGGAGGAAGAAAGCAUCACCGUCGUCUACUCGCCAUAGCUGAGCUCGGCGGAGUCAACGCUAUGCGGGUCGCAGCGCGUGUGUCUCAGGAUCUCGCGCAAAUGACUAUGAUGAGCGGGUUUCCCUCCGGUUGGGAGGACGGGGAGAAAAUGGUGAUGGGUGGAGGGAUGGGAGGAGGAGGAGGAGGAGGAGGAGGAGGAGGAGGAGAAUGGAGAAGAAGACGGUGGGAUACCAAGGUGUUGCCGUGGCCGGGAGGAAGAAGCGAUGUGGCGGCCUGGAAAACGAUAACGCGGUUGGGAUUGGGGUCCGACCAGACGGAGAAACUCCUGGGACUACUUAGUUCCCUGGGAGGACUUGCUGCUGAAAAG